AGAACUACACUUCCCACAAUGCUCCUGGGACGGCUUGCUUGGAUGACUUAACCCACCCUGCCUUUUGAGUUAGGGGGGCUCCUCUCCAAGAUGGCGGCUCCUGCUCCAAGGGGUACAGGGGGUGGGGUUAGCACCCCCACCGGCUCCCUCGGCUACUGUUUGGCUCAGCUGCAGAAGGGGACCGAGCCAGGCCUCGGCAAGGCCCUCCUGGCCCUCCGGACCCACCAUAUCAAGGAAGCGGGGGGCAUUGCCCGUUUCAGGACGCGUGGGGGGCUGGCGCCCCUCUUGGGAGUCCUGGCUGGCGCCCCCCGGCCCCGACGCACCUUGGACCUGGCCCUGAGUAUUUUGGGCAACUGCUGCACGGAGGGGGGCAGCCGCACCCAGGUGCGCGAGCUUGGGGGGAUCCCGCCCCUUGUUAUUAUUCUGAAAUCGCUUGCUGCGGAAAGCAUCCAGAACCGGACAGCCCGGGCUCUUGGCAACUUGGCUGUAGAUUCGGAGAACUGUCAGGCCAUCCACGAAGCAGGAGCGGUGCCCCCGCUGGUCCAGGUCUUAACCACCUCCCAGGACAGCGAGUGUUUACAGAGUGUGAUCCGUGCGGUGCGCUACCUGGCGGACACUCCUGCCCAUCGCCUUCUGCUGGCACAGCAGGGGGCUGUCCGGCCCAUCGCUGAGCGCUUGACUUCCUCGCUGGAUGAUGCUGCCCUAGUUGGGGCAGCCGUGCGUACCCUCCUUGAGCUAACCAAGGGUUGCAGUCGUGACUGUGCUGAGCAGCUCAGCCUGGGGGGUGGAGUGGCCCCCCUUGUGGCCUUGGCCAGCCAUGAUAAACAAGCAGUGCGGGAGUCAGCCAUCGGAGCCAUUGCCAACCUUUGCUUGCAGGGUAUGCUGAGGCCAGCAGUAGGCAAUGCUGGGGGUGUGGAAGUGCUGAUAAGGGAGAUCCGACAGCGACACGGAGCUGGGGCACUUGGGACCUCCCUUCACCCUUUAAUAAAAGCUCUUUGCCUGCUGUGCCGGGAGGCGGUCAACAGAAGUAGGAUCCGGAAAGCUGGAGGGCUGGAGCUGUUGCUGUCCUUGCUGAGGGAUCGAUGCCAGAGUUCCUCCCAUGCCCGCCUGGUGGUAGCUUUUGUUGCUUUCUUCUAUGAUGAGGAGGCUCUGGAGGUGCUGCAGGCUGGCGGGCUGGUGCCUUUGCUGGUUGGCAGGCUGUCAGCCCUGGGGCAGUGGAGAGGCCAAGAACAAGAUGAUGAAGAGGAGGAGGAUCAUGACGAUGAGAGAGAUGCCGCUUCUUUUGACUUCCCUCCCGAAGGGCGGCGUGGAGAACAGACCACACCUGGUGCAGAGUCCUCUAGCUUUCAGAGUCUCAGAUCCUGGCUUCUCUCUGAAGGCUAUAUUGCCAGCCCAGGUGAACUUUCCCCACAGUGGUCUCCAGAUACCACUCUUUCCGAAUUAGAUGCCCAGGGAUGUGUCAGUCCCAAUCAGGAGCUAUCAGAUGAACCACCAGGGCCCUGUCACACUACUUCUGGAGUCAAUAUCCAACCCAGGGCUGAAUCCCCUGAUUUCAUAAAUUCCCCAUUAUUGGAUUUUUCCCUUGUGGGGCAGGCCAGUGCUUCUGAGGUAUUACAUUCAGGAGAGCAGGAUGGACUACACGCAGAGCAGAGCAACUGCUCUAUGGCAAUGCCUGUAAUGUGUGAACCUGGAAGUCCCCGUUCAGAACCAGUCACGGAGAUGUCAGAUUCAGAUGGUGUGAAGGAGGAAGAAAUAAAUGGGACCAGUGAGCAGCAGAAGGAACCAGGGGUGACCCAUGUAGAGGAAAGACUUCUAGGACAGAACAGGCCCUGCUCGAAAUCUUCAGGGCUUGCACCAAAUUCAGUGAUGCUGGAUUCAGCAAAAGGAAAUGAAGAAGUGGAACCAUCAGCCUAUAUCACUUUAAUAACAGACCAAAGUGAGCCUGGGCUCAAGAAAUGGCACUCGACUUCAGAGAUGCUGGUUCCGGACAAGAGUGACCAAAGUCAGCUGUCCCCCAGAUCUCUUGCUAAAUCACCGGCUGCAGACGAAGCCUGUUUGAUUCGCCCAAAGCCAAGCAUUCAGAACCUCUCGGGUUCUCCCGAUGAAGCAAGGACACCGACUGCCUGCUGGAGGCGUCGGGCCAAGUAUCGGCCAGCAUCCGAGCAAACAACGCCCCCUCAAGUGUCACGCCCUGUAGGGGAGACCUCUUCCCCAUUGCUUUCCUUAGCUCUGCCUCUCUCCUUUUCACCAUAUGGGGGCGACAGAGAGCUCCAAGCCCCCGAAGCACCCGCCUUGCUGCUGCUUUCACGCUUUUCUCAAGUGGAGGAUCCCAGCCGCAGCCUAGUCACCCCGACUGUACUCCGAGGGCUGCUGCACUACAUCACGGGGAGCCCCACGCCCUCCUCUCGCUGCCUUCGGCUUCUCCAUCGCCUCACGUGCAACCCGGCCUGCCUGGAGGCCUUUGUGCGUUGCCAUGGGGCCUCGCUCAUCCGUGCUUGGUUAAUCCUCGGGGUCUCUCCUGAGCAGGCGGCGGCAGCUGUCACAGCUGAGGAAGAAGUGGAAGAGCCCGCGAACCUGGAGGCCAGAAAGCUUGAUGCCCGGAGGUUCAAGGAACUUGGAGAGACGCUACUGAUGAACCUUUGUGUCCAAGCGGAGUCCCCCUUUGGUGUCGGCGUCCUCACUCAUAUGCUGCUGUCAGGCUGUGAAUCAGACCAAGUAGCUUGUGCACUCGCCCUUCCCUUGAUCUGCAGGAAGGAUUCCCUUUGCCGGAAGCUUCUGCUGGAUCUCUCUGGCCUGCGUCUCCUGCUAGGAGUCCUGACGCGGGACGCUGACCCCAUUUUUGUCUUCUAUGCCUCAGAUUCGCUCUCCCUCCUCCUGAGCUCCCCAGCUUCAAGUCCUGCCCUGGUCUCCUCUCCCGCCUUGAAGCGGCCCCGCCUGGACUCCCCUCUGCCCUGCUUCUACUCCUGCCUUGUGGAUGACGGCAGGGCUGACUUGCACUUUCAGCUCGAUUUGGGCCCCGUGGUGCCCGCCUUGCGCCAGGCCAUCAGUGAAGCCUCUGAAGUCUUCCGUGCCAUGUUGAGUGGAGGGUUUGCAGAAUCAAAUCGCACUACAGUGACACUUCACGGUGUGUCACCUGAGCCCUUCCGGGCUCUUAUGCACUUCCUACAUGGCUGCCGUGGCAAGCCUUGCCCCGUGCUCGGCGCCCCAAUCGCUCUCGUGUUAGCUCAAGAGAUUUUCAUCGUUGCAGAACAGUAUCUCCUGCCUGAGCUCCAGUGUCUGGUUGAUGAUGCUGUUUGUGAGAAUUUCCUGUGCCCCGGGACCAUUGGCGAAGUGUACCGCUUAGCGGAACAGCAAAACCGACCUCGGCUGCUUCAGAAGUGUGCCGCUUGCACCCUCCAGGAGGGAGUGAAACCCACUCAACGGGCUGCUUUGUUGGCUGAGCUGCUCCGAUCAGUUGGCAAUCCUAGUGGGUUGGCAGAGGAGCUGCUCAGGGUGAUAAUGGAAUCCUUGUGGGGCUCAAGCCCUGAAGGCCAGCUGGGAUGAUGACUUGUACCCUGUCUCUUGUUCCAGUUUCUCACCCACAACCAAAGUACGGACAUUGUCAACAGAAUAUGCAAGCACAAUGGUGGCAAGGACCAUGGAGAAAUGAAUGGAAUGAAACUCAAAAAGAAAGGGUGGUCUGGGUUAAUGGAUAGCCCCACUCCAUCUUGAAAGUUUACCCUCUUGACCGGAUAAAUCACUGGGAAGAAUGGUUAAAAGAGUAAAACCUCCCUUAGUAAACUAGAUUAUAUGUUUAUGUAAGGCAGAGUUUGGAGAAGUUGGUUUCUGGGCUACAGUUCAGAGAAUCCCUUGGCUAGCAAGACUAGUGAUCACAGUGACUGGGAUUUCUGGGAAAUUUCAUUCAAAAAAGUAAGAUUUUCUAGCUCUGACACACAUGGUUAGGUGGAAGGCACUGCACAGAAGAUAGAAAAGAACAGGGGAGAAGUAGGAUUACCCUGUUGGCUAACAGAAAGAUAAAGGAAGGAGUCAAAUGAAGAGCAGAGGCAUCAGGUGGCCAAAUAUGGCUUCAGAUUCUCCUUUGGAGUAGCAGAAGCUUUAUAUGAGGAGGGAGAAGGAGGGGGAUCCCUUCCGCCUGAGCAGGAUUUGGUGAAAAUAAAAGGCGGUAUGUGAAGAUUGAUUCCCCCUUUGAUAGUGCUUCUCAGACCUUUGGGGAUCACCCAUAUCUGUGUAGGCUCGGCAAUUCUGGAACGUGCAAUCCAGAAAAGUAACUUUUCCAAGCUCUGGUGUUUUGUUCUUUUUUUAAAAAAAAAAUCUUUUGGACAGUGAUUUCAGGAAUGGACUCCAGUCUCAGGAGAUGCACUUAGAAGAAUUCUUCACUAUGUGAGGAGCUGGCUUUCAAGAGGAGGCACGAAAGGGAGCAUCAGCAUGUGACCGAAGGAUGUUGUCUUUCAGGCAAUUGGGGCCCCCAAUGCCGACGGCCCCUACAAUGUCACCAAGCGGCAGAAGGAGAGCUGAAGAACACCAAGAGGCUUGCUUCCUUUCCACACACGAAAGCACUAAAGCGGGUGGUGGGAACUGUUGAGGAAUGUGUUUUUUUCCCAAAAAAGUUGCUGCUUGAAUGGACAGAAGGGCCUGGCCCAGUCCUGCCGUUGGGAUGAUACUGCAUAUAAGCUAUUGUACAUAAAGAAAUAUAUACAACAAAAGAG